AGAACCUGUUUGUGGUUUAGUCGACCUAUAGUCAAAACUAUAGUUUGUGUGAGGCUGUUAAACAUUUAAUGAACUAUUCAAGCUAGAACUAGCAAAAAGAACCUUUUGGUAUUCGUGGACAGUAUCAGAUGGAGAGAAGGUCUCAUCUCAGGAUGCAGGUGACAUCUGGAGGCCGCGAUCCCUCAGCGGAGGCAUCUGGUGGACGUGCCACAGUUCUGGCUCUGACUGUGUGCUGUGCUGCUAUUGGAGGCACCUUUGAGUACGGGUACAACCUCUCCAUCAUCAACGCUCCCACCACCUACAUCCAGACCUUCAUCAAUGACACCUACCUGGAGCGUUGGGGAGCGGGCUUAGACACCCCGCAGGUGACGCUCAUAUGGACUUUCAUUGUGUCAGCCUUCUCUCUGGGUGGUUUGCUGGGGGCCUUGAUCGCGGGUCCAAUGGCAGUCCACUUUGGUCGGAAGACCUCGCUGCUGAUUAACAAUGCCUUCUUGUUUGCUGGCGCCGUGCUGGUGUUGACCAGUCGGCUGGCAAAUGCCUUUGAGAUGAUCAUCCUUGCACGGUUUCUAGUGGGAAUCAACUCAGGUGUCAGUAUGAACAUCCAGCCUAUGUACUUUGGAGAAAGCGCCCCCAAACAUCUCCGAGGCGCUGUUGCCUUUUCCUCUGCUGUUUUCACAGCAUUUGGGAUUUUCUUGGGUCAGGUUGUCGGACUCACUGAGGUGUUGGGCACUGAACCGCUUUGGCCGUACUUACUUGCUAGCAAUGCUUUGCCAGGGAUUAUCCAGCUGCUUACGCUACCCUGGUUGCCUGAAAGCCCAAGAUAUUUACUGAUCGACCGGGGCGAUAGAGAUGCCUGCGUCCAGGUGCUCAGGAGGCUUCGUGGUGGGCAGGUUCCUGUCAUGGAAAUGCAGGAGUUGCUUCAUGAGCAAGACCAGCUAAAGUCUGCAGCAUUUAUAUCUGGAUCCUCUGCUUCUCGCAAGACGCCCUGGUCCCUGUUUAAGGAUCGUGACAUGCGAUGCCAGCUAAGAACUGUAAUGGCUGCCAGCAGUGCCAUGAUGCUCUGUGGCAAUGACUCCAUCUACUUCUAUGCUUCAUAUAUCUUUCUCGAAGCAGGGAUCCCCCCAUCCAAAAUCCAGUAUGCCACCAUCGGGACAGGGGCAUCUGAGUUCACUGCUUCCUUACUCAGUAAUCUGCUGAUUGAACAUGUGGGUCGCAGGUACCUUUUGCUGGGUGGAUACACGCUGAUGUCUUGCUGGUCAGUGGUCUUCACCAUCGCGCUCGUACUCCAGAGCCGAGGGGUGACAGGUAUGCCCUAUCUCAGCAUGGCAUGUGUCUUCGCCUACAUCCUUAGCUUUGGCCUCGGCCCUGCAGGGGUGACGGGGAUCCUACCAGCUGAGAUCUUUGAUCAUGCAGCUAGACCAGCAGCAUACAUGGUUGCCGGCUCCCUAAUGUGGAUUAGCUUGUUCUUCGUUGGAAUGUUGUUCCCAUUCAUUGUCAGCAGCCUGGGAAACUUCUGUUUCCUGCCCUUCUUAGCUGUAUGUUUGGUGUCUUCUUUAUUUUUGGGCUUCACUCUGCCAGAGACUAAGGGCAAAACACUAGCUGAGAUCACUGCCGAGUUUGAUGGAAAGAAUGGAAGGAAUAAUGAAAGGCUGGACAAUCAGGCAGAGGAGACCAGGAAUGGAAAGUACCAAUUGGGCAACACCUGUUCCAUCACUUCCCUCACGCAGCAUCCUGAUGAAAGCACAGAAUGUGAAGUUUGAUAUCAGCAGUCAAGGUGGAAAAUAGCUGAGGUAGCAUCAACUGUCAGAAAUGGGCAGUUUACCCAGCAGAUGCAAUAUGAAGAUAAGUGAAUGUUCUAUUUAUGUAUGUUAAUCGAUUGAGGAUGUUUGUAUCUGUUCAUUGGGGUGGAGAGAACACCGGCAUGCUGCUUAAAAAGAAAAAUAGUUCAUUAAGGUCAGCUCAAGGAAAUGUUAGAGUACUUAUGUUGACUUGGAUUAAUUUGUAGAGCCCAACUGAUAUACCGGCUGACAGAACAAUACUGGCCAAUUUGAGCCUUUCAGGAACAUAUCAGUAUUAGCAUUAUUUUUUGCCAAUAUGGAAACUCUUAUUUUAUCGAAUUAACAAUGCAGAAAAUCACUUUGGCUGUUGGAAAUGAUCAUUACAUGAUAUGUCCAGCAGAGGGCGCACUGACAGCAUUAUUUUAAAUGCUGUCAAGCAUGGCUGGGACCCCCAUCACCCCUUAGUGACAUUAGCUUCAAGAGACAGAGGAAAAGGGACCAUCUACCAUUCAUGUUCAAUCAGAGUGAUGUUUUACAGCCACUAUGACGCCCGGUCAGCAGAAACAAUUUAGACGAGAAGUCUGUUUUAUGCAAACACUGAGCGAAGCGUGACGUAUGUUGGUUGGGUGUUGGUUAUGUUUAAACUGUAAAAAACAUCAAUGAAACUUCUUUUGCGUAAGUGUUUGAUAAUGAAAUGAUCCACUGCAUUUUUUACAUAUAUAUCAGCAGAUAUAUUAACAUUGUACAUUUUCUACUCCCUAGUAUCUGUUCCCCAAAAAGUCAGUAUCAGUCGGCCUCUGCUAAUUUGUCCACAGCGUUCUCAGAGGUGGUAUCAGAAUGUUGUUUCAAAGGAACACCUUUGUUAUCUAUAAUCUGCAAAGCAGAACCCCAAAUCAUCACAUUUUUAGUCCUAUGACAUUGUUUUUGUUGUGAAACAAAGUAAACACACAUCGUUUAAUUCAAGGCAGAGUCGACAUUGUGGAACUGAAAACUGUGAUCCUGUGUACGCGCAUCACGUGAGGUCAAAGGUCAUUUCCAGUCAUUUCAAAACCUUCUGCAGAUGGCUUUAAAAAGAAAAGAAUAUAUUCAUUAUGGAUUUCCCCCAAAUAAAUAUGUUCUUGUCAUUAAAAUGAGCUGUUAUUUUGGAACACAUUUCAGAAAUAAGCUGGCAUUAUAAUGUUUGGAUUUUAACAGAAAGUAAAGUUUGUCAGUUUGGUUUAAGGUUUGAGGGAUGACUGAGGGACACAUUUUGUCACUGGAUUUUACAUGAAAGAAUAAAGGUGGAACCAAAACUGUUUUUGAAUUAAAUCAACGUUAUUAAAAUGUGAAUUGCGAACAACACUGUCAAAACAAAAAGGCCUUAAACAUAUUUAAAAUGUGAACGACGAUCUGAUUAUCUGUGUGUUUGAUCAUUUGGUCAAAAACUGAAGUUGAGGUGAUCAGGUGAUCAAGUUAGUACUUUGUUGUGCGUUAUUUAUUUGAAACGCCACAGAAAGCAAUGUUGUUUAUACGACGUAAAAGGUACCAAAUAUUUCUCCAAAUCAACAGAGGAACCAAUCAAAAAGAGUCAACGUGACCUCAAUCAGCUGUUUUUGCACUUUGUUCCUUUUAAUCAACAUUUGUAAAUCGUUUAGUUGUUUGGUCCAUAAAAUGUCAGCAAAUGGUGAAAAAUGUUGAUGAGUGGCUCCUCAAAGCCAAGAUGACCACAACCCAAAGAUAUUCAUGUUAUCGUGUGAGAGAAGUAAUGAAACCAGAAACUAUUGACAUUUAAGAAGCUAUCACAAAAUAUGGACUUUUUUUAAAAACACAAAACAAAUCAAAAACUACCAUAUAUUUCAGAGUAUAAGUCACACCUUUUUUCCUGUAUUUUCAGCUCUUUAAAUUGGGAUUUUUGUGCAUUGUUGUCCUUUAUUGUUAUUAUCGACAUUUAUUCUUUUGUUAUUAGAAUUUUUGAGUGCUUUGAUUCCUGUGAAAGUUUGACAUACAUACUCGUAAUUAUUACUGUGAAUAUUGAAUGUGAUGUUUCAUUGUACUCGUAUAAGUCGCACGACCCUCCAUACCAGUAAAAAACCAAAACAAGACUUAUACUCGGGAAAAUAUUGCAUUUAAAAUGAUUAAUCAAUUCUGAAAAUAGUUGCUGUUUAAUUUAAUAGUUGAUUCAUUAUCUGGGUUUUUUUAUAUAGUGUGUGUUUUUGUUUAUUUACUAAUUCCUGUGACGUCACACGUUCACUCACUGGAGACUGUUUAACCACCAACAUUAAUAUCUUACCUCAUGCAGUCGUACAUUAGUUUUCUUUCUCUUGUGUAAGAUGCAAACUUAAAUUUCAGGUAACUUAAAUGCUGAAGUUGUAAACUUGCUGUAACUGCUGAAUAUAAAUGAUUUAUAAAGUGGUGCUUCUGAAAACAUGGUUUAAUUUGAGAACCAGCUGAAACAAUUCCAGGUACUGUACUGAUAAAUGCAGCUUCUCAAAGUAGCCAGUAGAUGUCAGUGUUGACAUACUUUACUUGUGUUCUCUUCUGUGC